CCCAUUUUAGGGCGGAAAGACAUGUAUUUUGUCAAUAUAUGCAUAUAUUGCAUUGUAAACAGGAAGCACAACCUCCUAAUGACCUUCUUCGAGCUGAAAACGUAGCGGCAGCUCUCCCUAGUGGUUAGCAAGCAGUUAGCAGCGAAGGGAGUGGAGAGAUUGAGAAGUGAAAAGGCAGGAAGGAAGGCCGUGGUACAUCGGCGUCUCCUAUACUAGAUCUGCAGUGGCUACAGCUGGGGAGAUGUCUGUGUUGACCUGAUCCCCUCCUCUCUUGCAGUAGAUGUGUGCUGUGCCUUCAAGAUGAGUGUGAAGGCAUUUGAGCUGGUCCCUGCCGUGGAGCGGGAGCUCCUGAUGGGAGACAAGGCCCGCAUCAACAUUGAGUGCAUCGAGUGCUGCGGCAAGCACCUGUACGUGGGCACCAACGACUGCUUCAUACAUCACUUCCUGCUGGAGGAGCAUGCCACGACCAAGGGGAUGCUAUCCUACACCGUCCAGAAACUGCUGUUCAAGUACCUGGGCCUGAAAAAGCCUGUGGAGGCCCUGAAGGCCGCAUCAGCGUUAGAACGCAUCAUUGUGCUCUGUGAUGCUACAGUUAGUGUUGUUGACAUGAUCACCUUAGAACCCGUGCCUUCGGGCGGGGCCAAGAUUAAAGGCGUGGCCGCAUUCUGCGUCAACGAGAACCCGGUGAACGGGGACCCGUUCUGCGUGGAGAUCGGGGUGAUCUCGGCCCGGCGGCGCACCGUUCAGAUAUACAUGGUGUACGAGGACAGGGUGCAGCUGGUGAAAGAGGUCAACACGCCGGAGCAGCCAUGUGCGGUCAGUCUGGACGGUUAUUUCCUGUGCCUGGCCCUCUCCACGCAGUACAUGAUCCUUAACUACAGCACAGGGGCCGCGCAGGACCUGUUCCCCUACGACAGCGAGGAGAGGAAGCCCAUCGUCAAGAGGAUUGGCAGGGAGGAGUUCCUCUUGGCUGCCCCCGGUGGCCUGGGUAUGUUUGCCAAUGCAGAGGGUAUAUCCCAGCGUGCCCCAGUGAACUGGUCAGAGAGUGUGAUUGGAGCGGCUGUGUGUUUUCCCUAUGUGGUGGCGCUAGACGAGGGCUUCGUCACCGUCCACAGUAUGCUGGACCAGCAGCUCAAGCAGACCCUCUCCUUCAGAGACGGACACAUCCUACAGGACUUUGAAGGUAAGGUGGUUCUAGCCUCCACUAAGGCUGUGUAUGUGCUGGUGCCCCUACCCCUGGAGAGACAGAUUCAGGAGCUGCUAGCUGGACACAGAGUGGAGGAGGCCCUCGCCCUUACAGAGGGAGCCAGGAGGAACAUUCCCAAAGACAAGUUCCAGAUAUUGCACAAAAGAAUCCUCCAGCAAGCAGGAUUCAUCCAGUUUGGACAGCUUCAGUUUUUAGAAGCGAAAGAACACUUCAGGACAGGUCAGUUGGACGUCCGGGAGUUGAUCUCCCUCUACCCUCUCCUCCUCCCGGCCUCCUCCUCCUUCACCCGCUGCCACCCGCCGCUCCACGAGUUCGCCGACCUCAACCACCUGGCGCAGGGGGACCAGGAGAAGGUCCAGAGGUGCAAGAGGUUCCUCAUCACGUACCUGGGUGAGGUGCGAAGCACGGAGGGGGCGAACGGCUGCCGGGAGGACGUGGACACGGCUCUGUUGAAGCUGUACGCUGAGCAGGACCACGAGAGUCUUCUGGACCUGCUGGCCUCCCCCAAUGCCUGUUUACUGGCAGACAGCGCCCCCUGGCUAGAGAAACACCACAAGUAUUUUGCACUAGGCCUCCUCUACCAUUAUAACGGACAGGAUUCAGCUGCUCUACAGUUGUGGGUGCGGGUAGUGAAUGGGGACCUUCAGGACUCUACCAGGGCUGAUCUGUAUGACUACAUUGUGGACUUCCUGAGUUUCUGUUCCAACCCGGACUUGGUGUGGAAAUAUGCAGACUGGGCCCUGCAGAGAGACCAGACGAUAGGGGUGCAGAUCUUCACCAGGAGGCCGGUGGGUCAGGACCAGGUUAAGGAGCAGAAGGACCAGGUGAACCCAGACGACGUCAUCACGUACCUGGGGAAACACAGCCAGGCUCUGCUGCUCUACCUGGAACACCUGGUGCUGGGCCGACGGAUACAGAAAGAGAAGCUCCACACCCACCUGGCAGUGCAGUAUACAGACAGAGUCCUGUCUCUCCUGUCUCAGUCCCCCACAGUGGACCAACAGGUGUCUAUAGCACGGGACAAACUCCAGCUCCUCCUCAGGGAGUCCAGCCUGUACCGCGUCCAACUACUACUGGGUAAGAUCCAGGAGUGUGACCAGUUGUUUCUGGAGAGAGCCACGCUCCACGGGAAACUAGAGGAGCACGAUAAGGCGUUACACAUCCUGGUGCACCAGCUCAAAGACUUCCCCGCUGCUGAGGCCUACUGCGUGUGGGGUUCCGCCUCCCGGGACCCGGCCUACCAGCAGCGCCUCUUCCACCUCCUUCUGGAGGUCUAUCUGGACCGGGACCUUCCCAGUAGUACCGGCUCCGGGGAGCUGGAGAUGGCAGCGGUGGAUCUGUUAAACCGACACGGGGAGGUGUUUGACGCUGUGCGCGUGCUGGACCUGCUUCCUGAAGGGUGGUCCCUGCAGCUGCUUCGCCCGUUCCUCGGACGCGCCCUGCGGGGGAGUAUGCACGCCUUCCGUACCUCCCAGGUUGCACUGGGGCUGGCGAGGUCAGAGAACCUACAGCUGCAGCACGACAGGUUGAAGCAGAGGAGAAGCCCAGUCCUGGUAUCAGAGAAGAAGGGGUGUGUUCUCUGCCACAACACCUUCAGCGAGCCGGACUGUGUGUGUCUUCCAGGAGGCGUGCCCGUACACACACACUGUGCCGCCCAGAGGGUGGUACGAGACUCGCCCACCAAGAGACAACUAGCCAAUAGCAACAACCACACAUGAAGCCCCUGCCCACCACCACCACCCAAGCCUCGCCCAGAGCCAGUGUGAUGGGAGGAGCCUAGCAGCAGCCCGGGCUGUGAUUGGUUGCGUCUGGGGGGGUCACAUCAGAUGAUGACUAUGGGGGAUAAAAGCACAGAGGUUACCAUGGCUACCGUGGUCCAGCAUAGUGGGAGCAGCCCUGGAGCAUACUCAGAAACACAGAGCUGACCACACUUCUCUACUGUGUGUGUGUGUGUGUGUGUGUGUGUGUGUGUGUGUGUGUGUGUGUGUGUGUGUGUGUGUGUGUGUGUGUGUGUGUUCUCGUUCAUUUGUGAAUGAAGGAAGGAAGGUAUUUAUUCCAGUGCCUCCAUUCAUAAACAACAGGGAGACUGAUGACCGACUGAGAUGUGAAUGAAGUUCUACAACAAGAAUGAACUCCACAUCCAUCCAUCAUGACUCGAAACACAUUGAAGUGAAACCUACAGUCUGUCCUGGUCCAGUGCUGAACCCCUCCUCUGCUAUGUCUGUCCUGGUCCAGUGCUGAACCCCUCCUCUGCUAUGUCUGUCCUGGUCCAGUGCUGAACCCCUCCUCUGCUAUGUCUGUCCUGGUCCAGUGCUGAACCUCUGCUAUGUCUGUCCUGGUCCAGUGUUGAACCCCUCUGCUAUGUCUGUCCUGGUCCAGUGUUGAACCCCUCCUCUGCUAUGUCUGUCCUGGUCCAGUGCUGACCCCCUCCUCUGCUAUGUCUGUCCUGGUCCAGCGCUGAACCCCCUCCUCUGCUAUGUCUGUCCUGGUCCAGUGCUGAACCCCCUCCUCUGCUAUGUCUGUCCUGGUCCAGUGCUGAACCCCCUCCUCUGCUAUGUCUGUCCUGGUCCAGUGCUGAACCCCCUCCUCUGCUAUGUCUGUCCUGGUCCAGUGCUGAACCCCCUCCUCUGCUAUGUCUGUCCUGGUCCAGUGCUGAACCCCCUCCUCUGCUAUGUCUGUCCUGGUCCAGUGCUGAACCCCUCCUCUGCUAUGUCUGUCCUGGUCCAGUGCUGAACCCCUCCUCUGCUAUGUCUGUCCUGGUCCAGUGCUGAACCCCUCCUCUGCUAUGUCUGUGUAAUGGAUGUGAAAUGGCUAGCUAGUUAGCGGGUACGCGCUAGUAGAGUUUCAAUCAGUUAUGUCACUUGCUCUGAAACCUAGAAGUAGGGUUGCACCUUGCUCUGCAAGGGCCGUGGCCUUUGUGGCGCGAUGGGUAACGAUGCUUCGUGGGCGACCGUUGUUGAUGUGUGCAGAGGGUCCCUGGUUCGUGCCCGUGUCGGGGCGAGGGGACGGUUUAAAGUUAUACUGUUACAUCUGUCCUGGUCCAGGCAUUAACCUGAGGUGAGCUUGAGUCUAUCCCUGGGAAGGGUCUUACUGCAGACCAGUUAGGCACCUCCUCCUUCACUACAGUGGCUCCUCUCUGCUGCUGGUAUCUGAGACUGAGCUUGAAGACGAUGAUUCCCCAAGUGAGGCUGCGUUCACAGCCAGGAGAGUUCCUAAGUGUUGCUAAAUGUUCUUCUGUGUUGCACACGCUUUCUCACCCCUCCAACCUGCUCCCCUACCCGAACCUUGUGUCCACACUACUCAAGAACUGUCUCUCUGCCUUCAAGCAAAAAAACAAUGGUUUGGUUUUCAUUUUGCAAACCAAGGUGGGGUUGAAACAUCCAGCUAACCUGAUGCUAGCUGGUUUCAGCUCAGACCAGGGCCGUAUUCAUUAGACACCAAACUGAAGAAAAUGGGAGAGGGACGAGCUGAGCCAUCUCAAAAAACAAACGUGUUUUCCUUUUCCACUGCAAAACGUUUUGCUUCGGUGUUCCCUGAUGAACGUGACCCAGCUCUAUGGGACGUGAAAUGCUAAAACAGAACAGAAGAAUUGGCUAAUGUUUCACUAACCAAAGUUACGUUUAACUUGGUCCCAGAUCUGUUAGUGCUCAUGCCAACUUCAUUGCUAUUAUUCAAGCCAAUUAUUUUUGGCAUGACUAUGAGUGACAAGGAGUUGUCAUGGUGACACAAACAGACUGGCACUCAGGCUAAGCUAUGUCCUAUUUAUAGAGUUCUCAGCUUUGUAUCUGUCCCAUUAAGGCGUCAGUGACAGCAUGGGCAGCACCAUUGAGGCUAUCACCAUUUUAAAGUAGUACAUUUUCUUUUUUUUAUGUUUGUAAAAGUGUAUCGCUAAUAUUAGUGAUUUACCGCCACCUGCAUUGCGUGGGGUCUUGAACCAAAUCUUGUUAUUUAUUGUGGCCACUAGAUGGCGGUGAUAUAGCUUAAAUCCAUUUACAAACUCAGAAAACCAAUUUUGAGGAGGACAAUGCUCUGAUCAUUGACUGAUCACUCCCAACUCAUAGGAAUCCCUGUCCAGUUGACUACUUUAAAAUGGUGGAAGCGCUCAGUGGCAAAGUCCAUGUAAAUAGUGUUAUUUCCAAGUAAUGAACUCUAUACAUCUCUAUGGUCCUGUCCCAGUUCAUGUAGAUCAGUGAACAACAUGAACAAAGCAAGAAAUCAGCCUUUGUAUUAACACAUUGAUUUACAGGGAACCCUUCAAUUAUGCAACUUAGCCGGUAAAAUAUUAAUUUUUGUACCGACGCGUUAAAACCAGCUGAGCAUUUAGUGAACAGGAAAAGGGGAAACGCAUUGCAAUGCAGUCUAUUUGUUUCAAUGCUUUAGUUGUUUUGUUCUCACGCUGCUUGCAAGGUUUAUAGAAAACUGAUUUCUCUGUCAAAAAAAACUAUUUUGACUUUUUAAAAUGUGUGAAAUGUCAAAUUUUUGAUGGAUAUUGCAAUAGACCAUUUGAUGAGCACAGACGAAGUGAAACCCCUCUUUCUCACACACACACACACACACAAACUCUCCUUCUCUAUGAUAUCCAGUUAUAUCCAAUUUGUUUCUCUGUUGGUGAAGGGUGUUGUGUGUCUGUCUGUUUCUCAGGUGGCACCCUAUUCCCUGUAUAAUACACUACAUUUGACCAGGACCUCUGGCCAUUUGGGAUGCACCCUCUGUCUUUGGGGAUGGAGCUCUGAUCAAAACCACGUUUUUAUUUAAUAAUUUUUUAAAUUCAGCCUUUAAUUCCAAACUCCGUCCUGAUCACACCGUAACUGCUACCAUGUGAAUAGAAACAGCCGGCUAUGACUCUACAUGUUGUAGAUGAGGGUGUUUCUGUCUGGCUCUCUGUUCCCUCCAUACUUCACCUCUGCUUUCAUUCUCUAUUGGCACCGGUUAUCUACUUAAUGCUCUGUUACUUGAUAAAGGAAUGAAUCACUGUCCUGUUUGAAUGAAUCACUGUCCUGUUUGAAUGAAUCACUGUCCUGUUUGAAUGAAUCACUGUCCGUUACACGAUUUGAAGAUCAAAAUGUUUUUUUAAUCAUUGGAAGAGGGUGUAGUAGGAUGGAAGUGUAGAAUACCGGACUGAGCAGUCUUCAAGGUUUUGUUAAACGCCAAAGGUAUUGUUCCCAUGAUAUUUGGGGAAAACAAAAAUAAAAAAUAAUCAUUCUUGUGUAUGUAAAGCCAGUAGCAUAUUUGUGGGCAUGGCUGACUAUUCCAGUGGCUGGUUCCAUGCACAGUGAUUGGCCAGGAGAACUAGGUCAGAUGUACCGAUUGGACACAUUAAUCACAGUAACUCCGCCCCCCCAAGAGUGGCACGUUUUGGAGGAGAUGAUAUCAGUGCACAACACCUUUUAACACUGUCUGGCACCCUAUUUAGUAUGUAGUGUACUACUUUGGACCAGGGCACAUAAUGGGUGUGGUCAAAAGUAGUGCACUAUAUAGGACAUUGGGUUCCAUUUCAGACACCUUCAGUACCAUCCAUCCUUCUGUAUGGUCAUCUCUGGAUGGAUAUUCAAAAUGGACCCAUCCUUUUCCAUCACUUCUCAGAUCAGUGACGUCUGAUUUCAGGAUCAGCCUGUUUUUAGAUUGCUACAUGUUGAAUAACACCUUUAACUUUGGUUCCAGGCUUCUGUUAGUGCCUGGAUACACAUGGGCCCUGGUCUAAAGUAGUGCACUAUAUAGGGAAUGGGGUGUCAUUUGCCCUGGUCUAAAGUAGUGCACUAUAUAGGGAAUGGGGUGCCAUUUGCCCUGGUCUAAGUAGUGCACUAUAUAGGGAAUGGGGUGUCAUUUGCCCUGGUCUAAAGUAGUGCACUAUAUAGGGAAUGGGGUGUCAUUUGCCCUGGUCUAAAGUAAAGCACUAUAUAGGGAAUGGGGUGCCAUUUGGGAUGCAGGGGUUUACUCUGCACAAAGAAGGACUUACUGUCUUCUGCCUUCUCCCUUGACACCAAUAACACAUCAUGUGUAUAAACAUGACCUUAAACAAACCUACUCUCUGGCUCUCUCCCUUUCUAUCUCUCUGUCUCUCUCUCCUGAUGUAUUUUAUAAAUAUAUAGAUACUGGUAUGUGUAUAUACUGUAUAUAUAGUAGUUUGUUGCUUUGUAAAUCAAUGUAGGUGGAAUGUACAACCUGUGAAGAUGUCCAUUUUAAUAAACAUGACUACAUGCUGACAUCAGUUGGUUAUUAAGAAUAUAUUAUAUUAUUAAGAUGUCCAUUUUAAUAAACAUGACUACAUGCUGA